AAACACAAAUCCCAUCCUCCUCCUCUCCCAUCAUCCCACCACACCAAAUCCUCUCGCCGGAGCCAAGCAAGAUGGACGCCAGCAAGGGGAAGAAGUUCGCAGCCAAGAAACUCGGCGGGCCGAGGAAGAAGUCGGUGACCCGCUCCGUCAAGGCCGGGCUCCAGUUCCCCGUCGGCCGCAUCGGGCGCUACCUCAAGAAGGGCCGCUACGCCAAGCGCGUCGGCACCGGCGCCCCCGUCUACCUCGCCGCCGUCCUCGAGUACCUCGCUGCCGAGGUUCUGGAGCUCGCUGGCAACGCGGCGCGCGACAACAAGAAGUCCCGGAUCGUGCCGAGGCACCUGCUGCUCGCCAUCCGCAACGACCAGGAGCUCGGGAGGCUGCUCGGCGGCGUCACCAUCGCCCACGGCGGCGUGCUGCCCAACAUCAACCCGGUGCUUCUCCCCAAGAAGUCUGUUGAGAAGGCCGAGAAGGCCGCCGCCAAGUCGCCCAAGAAGGCGGCCAAGUCCCCCAAGAAGGCUGCCAAGGCGUAGAUCCGUCCACUGCUGCUGUUGCUGAUGAACUUAGUGCUUUGAUUGAGAGUGUUGUCUAGUUGUAGUUUAGUAGCUCGGUUUGUUUGGGGACGUGGUCCCCUAACUUUGUUCUGUAAUCGUGAGCGUGAGGAAGCCACUUGCUUCCUCUGUCUAAUGAAUUAUCCAAGUUGUGUUUUCA